GAGGGGAACCACGUGGUCCAGCCCAGGGCUGCGCCGAAACGUGCGCCAGUAAAAACACCGAGGCGCUUCUGUCCCAAACUAGUGGGGCGAGAUGGGAGAGUUUAAGGUGCACCGCGUCCGCUUCUUCGACUACAUGCCCAGCGCCAUCAGUGCCAUGGCCUUCAACCGGCAUACGGAGCGGCUGGCCGUGGCCCGCGCCGACGGAGCCCUGGAGAUCUUCAACUUUGCUGACAACUACUUUAGGGAAAAGGUGAUCCCCGGACGUGAAGGCCGAGCCGUGGAGUCUCUGUGUUGGGUGGGCCAGCGUCUGUUCGGUGCUGGUUUAAGUGGAGACAUCACAGAGUACGACCUGGAGAACCUGAGGCCCAAGUACACGGUGGAGGCGUACGGGGGACCCCUCUGGACCAUCAGGAACAACCCCCAGCAGACGCUGCUCGCUGUUGGCUGUGAAGACGGGACGGUGAAGAUUUUUGAAGUUCUGGAGGAAAGCAUUCGCUUUCAGAGUAACCUUGAAAGACAGAAAGGUCGUAUCGUCUCUCUGUCCUGGCAUCCCUCCGGCACUCAGAUCGCAGCUGGAAUGAUGGACAUGAUCAGAAUCUUUGACACACAGACGGGCCUAGCCACGCACCGGCUGCUGGUGGAGCGCGGCGCGGGGUCGGCCAAGAGCAGGGAGGUGGUGGUCUGGGACCUGCUCUUCCUGCCCGACAACACCGUCAUCAGCGGCGACUCCGCGGGGAAGGUCCAGGUCUGGGACGGACUGACGGGAACUCUGGUCAGAACUCACCUGGUCACCAAGUGGGACGUCCUGACGCUGGCCGUCUCCCAGGACCAGAGCAGCGUGAUCGCCGGCACGUCCGAGGGAACCGUCGUCCAGUUCCAGCUGCUCUCGGCCACCGUGGACCAGAAGGAGCAGCAGUGGGUCAGAACCCGGACCUUUAAGAACCACUCCCACGACGUGAGGGCUCUGGUCCACACGGACACCGCUGUGGUUUCUGGAGGUGUGGACACCCAGCUGGUGGUGCGCCCCCUGCUGGACAAGGUGGAGAAGAACAGCCCGGAGGCAGCGCUGAGGAAGAUCGUUUUCCCACACAGAAGCCUGGUUAGUUGUGCCAAGAAGGCCGGACUGCUGCUGUUCCAGUUUCCUGAUCACCUGGAGCUGUGGAAACUGGGGGAGAGCGACGGACACGGAAAGCCGGGUGACAGUCUGCCCUUAAAGAGAAAACCUGAGAAACUGAUCCAGCUCAAGAAGAAGGGAGAGGAUCAGAUCUGCUGCAGUGCGGUGUCUCCGUGUGGAGGAUGGCUGGCCUACUCCACCGUCUCCAGCGUGCGUCUCUACAAGCUGCAGCUCAGCAGCAACAGCAUCAGCAUGGACAAGGUGUCUAAACUACCCAAAGAGCUUCGCUCGGUGCACCAGCUCUGCUUCUCCUCCGACUCCUCCAAACUCUUUGCUGCCUCCAGUCAGUCUUCUGUCAUAGUUGUGACCCUCAACCAGCUGGACUGCAAAUACCUUCAUACCCUCAAGCCUAAGUCAGCGUCCAGGCAGCCGGUCCACCUCCUGUCGGCCAGUGAAGACGGUAAAUGGCUCGCUGCAGCAAACACGGGCUGCGAGAUCCACGUGUUCAACCUCCACAAGCUGAAGCUCCACUGCACGCUCCCAGUGUCCAGCUCGUGUCCCACGGCCAUCGCCCUCCACCCGACCGGCAGCACCCUCGUCUCCGUGCACGCGGACCAGCAGAUGUACGAAUACUCGCUAAAACAGAAGGAGUACUCUGAGUGGAGCCGGAAGCUGCAGAAGCAGGGACUGCACUCCCAGUGGCUGCAGAGGGACACGCCCGUCACCCACAUCCUCUUCAACCCCAAAAACCCCGCCCACAUCAUCCUGCACGACACCUUCAUGUUCUGCAUCAUUGACCAGAGUCUGCCGCUUCCUGAAGCAAAGACGACUCUGUACAACCAGGCGAGGCUGAGGAGCCUUCCUCUGCCGGAGCGGGUCAAGCACAGUCACGCCUUUAAGAUCUGCAAGAACUUCCAGCACCUGGUGAGCGCGGCCCUGCUGCAGGACGGCUCCCUGGUGCUGGUGCAGCGCCCCCUGCUGGACGUGCUGGCCCAGCUCCCUGCACCCGUCAGGCACAAGAGGUUCGCCACGUAAACCUGAUCCCAGCCCAGCGCUGUCCAUGUGUCUCCACUUUAAAGGAGGUGUUUUGAUAAGUAAUAAACCAAACAAUUUGCUGUUA